CAUAACAAGAUAGGGGCUCAUGCGACGAGGGCGAUAUAAUCGGCUGACUAGUCGAGACGAGUCAUAAUUUUGAUCAGGAUUUAUUUGAAGAUGUAUCAUACCAGCACUCAACUGAGAGCAUGGACAUUCUCAUCCCAGGAAGAACUGAACGAGAAACGGUCGGCUUCCAACCAAAGGUACAGGGAGGAACAUCAAUCCAAAUCUCAGGGUAAAGAUCCAACCACUUUCUUCUUGAGUGAAGGAGAGGAGAGGACACUUUGUGAAUCAUAUGAGUUUCUUCUUCGAGAUUUUUGUAAGAAGUUUCAACCCCCUGUGCCUCCUGCUGUGGUGGGGACAUCAUGUGCCUAUUUCAAGAGGUUCUACAUUUAUAAUACAGCUAUGGACUACCAUCCCAAAUACAUUAUGUUGACAUGUGUGUACCUUGCCUGUAAGGUGGAGGAGUUUAAUGUCUCCAUCUCACAGUUCUGUGGUAACCUUCGACCCGAGGAGCAGGAGAAAAUGGCUGAAUUGAUCCUGAGUCAUGAGCUUCUUGUCAUGCAGCAGCUGAACUUUCAGUUGACUGUUCACAACCCAUACAGACCCAUGGAGGGUCUCUUCAUAGACAUAAAGACAAGGUUUCCAAGCUUGAAGCAGCCUGAGCUACUGAGGAAAGGUGCGGAAGAGUUCAUCAAUCGCUCUUUAGCUACUGAUGCAUGCUUACUCUGUUCUCCAUCACAGAUUGCUCUUGCAGCCCUCGUAUCAAGUUCAUCUAGACAAGACACAAACAUUGAUAAGUAUGUUACUGAUUUUCUAAUGAGUGGAAGAGAUGACCCAAAGGAUCUUCCUGAUGUAGUCAACACAAUCAAAUUGAUACGACAGAUGGUGAGAAAAAUGCCUCAGCUUAACCCAGAGGUUGCCAAGCAACUAGAAAGGAAACUUGAAAAAUGCCGUAACGAGGAACUUAAUCCAGAGAGUCUAAUAUACAAGAAGAGGUUGCAGGAUCAAUUGAAUACAGAGGAUGAAGAAAUCUAUAUCAAACAUCAACAAGAUGCAGAGGAAACAAGAAGGAAAGAAAAGGAACUAUUGAUGACUGUAUGAUCCACGUUCCCUUUGAGCUUUGCUUUCCAAACUAGAGAAAAUAUUUGUGAAGUUCAAGAGAGGUUUACUUUGGAUCAGGACCUUGAACUUGGUGGCACUGAUUUGCAAUCAACGAGUCCAUUUUUCCUGUUUCCUGUGUUGAAUUGGAUCAGGAAUGACCAUGCUAGAUGAACAAACACCAGAUGAAAUAGAUCAGGAAUAAAGACCUAAUAGAAUGAUUUAGGAAGCAAUCAUUGGUCCAAGAACAGAGUGAAGGUUGUCAACCAGUAGUGACCGUGAUGUUACUUCCAAGUACUCAUGUCCUGUAGUGAGGACUCAUUCUGCAUUGAUACAGCAAGUGGAAUUAGUGGACAUCUUGAACAUUUCCUGCUCCAUUCUAGACUACAUGAAGAUAUCACAGGUUGUGAUAAGCAUACACCUGGGUGUGAAGAUAUUACACAUAUAUCAGUACGACAUGAACUUCAAAAUGUUACCCAAAAGAGUGCCAAUAAUCUGUGUCUGAGUUGAUGAGUUAUCUCUGAAAACAGUACUAGAAACAACACUUAACAGUUGGUCCGCAGUCCACCAGUGGGCCAUGGAAUCAGCCAAAAGUAUCCUAGAAACUCAAAGAAUAACAGGAGAAAACAAUCUCUUUACUCUGAUCCCCAGUGCAAUAUGAACGCAUAAAAGAAUAAGGAAGGCUGUGGUACGAAUGAUUACCACAUUAAAUUGUUUUUUUCUCAAAGAUUUUGUAACAUCGGCAAAAGUAAAUGAAGUUGGGUCUUGAAAGAUUCAUUAAUUAUUGAGCUAUGAUGUAAAAAUUGUUGAAAAGCAUUGUCAUAGGAGAUAAAGAUCUGUGCAAAAUGAGAACUGUUCCUCCCAGACCCUAACAACUGACUGCUCUUGGGUAUGAGGAUUGAAUGAAACUAAUAAUCAUCUCGUUGGUUAAAUUGCCCUUAUUACUGGAAAUUUCCUCACACUAAGCUCACCAACUCACUCUCUCAUGCCAUCAUGACAUGAAUGAUAAACAAGCAUAUAGUGUACUGUAAGAUAUUUAUACUUGAUAUGAUGGAAAUAAAAUGUCUCUGCAAGCAUCAUUAUAGUCUUCAUUGGGAUACAAAUGGAUAAUGGAUAUUAUGUUCAUGAUAUUUAUCAAUUUGAUAUUAUCUAUGGGGAAAAUUUACACCUUUUGAACGACUAAGAACUAUUUCUUACCACAUUCAUAAAUGUCAUAGUCACUUGUACAUGUAGGUCUUGAGCUCUGUUAAUUCUAUUUUAAGCAUGUGCUCGGUGAACAGACCCAAUUCUUAUGAUUAGUGCACAGGGAGGCUUAUAUUGAUACAUUGAUUUAUAUUUCUCUUAUUGUAUUGAACAGGAUUUAAUUUUCACCCAUGAUGUAGUGAAGGUGGUACAUAUGUUGAAAUGGUUCACAAUAGAUUUUUAUGAAUUUACAGUGGUUUUGAAUCAUUAUAUGAAAUCCUUAUUUAUAUAGACCUUUACGAUAUUAAUUAUGCUUUAAUCGGGUACAAAUAACAAAAACUUAAAAUGGGAAUGCACUUUUUUGUCAUAGGUCACCAAGUUCAUGCUUGUUCUUUUGGUUUGAGCAAACAUUUUGUGUAGUUAUAAUUACACUAAUUCUCAAGCAUGAAAUCAGGGGAGUGUCCUGUGACAAAUUUUAGAUGGUACAGUAGGAAAGAGGACAAGACAGAAAGAGAUAGAGAAGGAGGGGGGGGGGUACUUUUGAAAAUAUGUUGCUUUAUUAUUAAUGAUUGGACUACAUCAUGAAAUGAAAAUAACUUUGUUUGGAUUGACACAAUGGAAACUUCAAGAUUUAUGUAUAAGAUAACAUCUCCUGACAUUUUAUGAGAACCUUUAUAAGUGUUUUAGCAGGAAAUGUACAUCCUUCCAUUGAUUAUCAUUAGGUUCCUGAUGGUGGGAAAUUCUGGAAGCAAUUCAAACUCUGAAGAACAUUAUUUUUAAUGAACAUUCCUUGUAUAUUCAACUAUAGCAAAGAUUUGAUAAAUUUCUUUAUCAGUAGUGAAUGACUU